GUCUAUCCUUCAGCAGUUCUCUGUCCUAAGAGACGAGAAAAAUUCAUUCUAGAAAAGGGAGCAAAUAGAGGGUAGGAAAAUAUGGCGAUCUUAAACAUGAGCACGGGAACUUCAUUCUCAAAGUUAGGAAAUUCUGGGGCUGCACUUGCAAGAAGAAGUUCCGCCCGGAAAACCAAUGUGGUUGUUCUGCCCGCCGGCCGAAGGUCCAUUCAAGCAAGUUCGCGUCAAGAGGCAUCCGCAGAGACAGUGAAACAAGGAGUGGACAAAGCCGAAAAAACCGGUGAAAACAUAAAAAAUAUAGCUGCCUCCAUGACUGAAGAUGUGAGUCAGAAGUCAAAGGACAUGGCGUCCAACGUAUCAGAAGCGACGCAUGAUGCCACCGAGAAAGCAAAGCAAACCGUGCAGAAUGCAUGGGAUUCAGCUAAAGAGACAGCCCAAAAGGCCAAAGAGACUGUUCUGGACAAAGUUGAAGAUGCAAAACAAUCUGUCAAAACAAAUGCAGACAAAGCUCAACGUGCCAUGAAGUCCAACAACUGAAUUCAAAGUGCAUUCCUGUUUAAAUAAUAUCAAUAUGCUCAUUCCAAUGAUGAAAGACUUUACCAUUCCUUGUGUUAAUAAGGCUUUGUUCUGUCUGUAAGUGGCAAGACCUUUGAAUUGUUUUCUUCCUUUAUCAGUGAUUUGAAGUAACAUUGUAACUAUUUAUCUCCAAGGAAUUUGAAUGAUUGUUUGAAGCCGAUUAAUUAA